GCCAUACGACCACGGACCAGCGUUCAGCAAGAAUAUUAAUAUUUCGCGCUCACUGUUUACUUUCUGCACUUCCCAGAAUGCCCCAAUCGCAAAUAAAAACGGGUGGACCUAUAUUUGACAAAAGCAAGCAACUACUAUGGCUCUUGAAGCAUCCCUUAAGCUUAUAUUUCAAAUUGCACUAUAGCUACGGUUUGUUGGCCUGCUAUGUGUAGUUCACUCUCCCGCGCAGUGGAUGAUUUUCGGGUCACGGCCGCCGUACUGCAAGCCCACCCUCCUUCGCGCUUCAUGACAGGUACAGAGUGACGGCUACAUCCCAAUAUUUCACCCGAAAACUCUCCUCGAUUGGGAACCUCUGUUGUCCCAGGAAACAACUUAUCACACUCCCUUCGCCUUUUGUUCGGUGGACAUUUCAGUCAGAACGUCCUUUCGGCCGCCUUCCUCCAGCUAGCACACGGGUUGUAGCCUCCAAACAUUUUUUUACAUUCGGAUUCCGUCGCGUUCUCCACCUUUUCACGACUGGUUUAUAACAACUUUUUCAUUUGGUAACUUAAGAACUUGGAGGAAAAUCGUUUCACUGGCUGUUUGAUAGAAGCUUGGAACCGCCAGCUCAACAACCUAUGUGUUGCUUAACUUUUAGCCCUCAAUAUUUUCGACAAGGAUCGCCGCCCGGCAAUCUACAACGUGUAUAUCCGGCCCGGUUUCGGUGCGCUCAAGCUGUCCGGCACGCAAAUUCCGCCCAACACUACUUAAAAGCAGGUUAGAAGCCACACGAUUGAUGCACCACACCUUUUGCACUCCUCCCUUAUUACAAUCACACAAUAGCAAUUCAGUCACUCAGAGUCAACAUGCCUAAACCCCUAACUCCCGGAAUUUUCGUCCCUUUACCCUGUUUUUUUGAUGACAAUGAAGAACUAGACAUCAAAACCUUCAAGAAGCACGUCAUUUACACUGCACAAGCAGGUAUUAAGCCUGUUGUGAGCGGGUCGAUGGGGGAGGCGGUCCACCUUACCCAUGAUGAACGUGCAAAUCUCGUUCGCGCGACGCGGGAGGCGCUCGACUCGGUGGGGCUGCUAGAUCUGCCUAUCAUAGCGGGCGCAGGAGCUUCUAGUACUCGAGAAACCAUCGCAUUUGCCAAAGAGGCAGCAGAGGCAGGAGCAGAUCAAGUUAUAGUCAUUCCACCUGGCUACUACGUUGGUUCGUUGAAGGAGGACUCACAUGCGGCUGUGAAGCAGUACUUCAUUGAUGUCGCAGCUGCGUCCCCUGUACCUGUGUUAAUGUACAAUUUUCCCGGUGUGACUGGUGGAAUUGAUAUGGACAGCGACCUCAUCAACGAGGUCGCCAAGUCAGCCCCCAAUAUCUGUGGAAUCAAACUGACCUGUGGUGCCGUCGGAAAGCUAACGCGGGUGACUGCAUUGACGAAUAGCUCGAGCUUCGCGACGGAAUACCCCAGAAAAGACUCCUCCGCCCCAUUCAUAGUCUUAGAUGGGUUCGUUGAUAUCCUAUACCCAUCCUUUGCCGGAGGCGCUGGUGGUUCAAUAACGGGUGUAGCAAACUUUGCACCGCGUGUGUGCAUGCGUCUAUGGGAGCUAUGUAACGCAGACCCGUCAAAGGAAGCAAUCAAAGAAACACAAGAACUUCAGGGGCUCGUAUCAAGAGCUGAUUGGGAUGCAGCGAACACUGGGGUCUCGGGGACAAAGUACCUCCUUAGUAAAUUGUUUCGUUAUAACGCCCGUCCACGGCGGCCGCUCCUUCCCACUUCAGAAACGAAAGGGUCCCAGCUUUGGCAGCAGUCCUCAAUCGUGGAAAUUUUAGCAUUAGAGAAGAAAUUAGCCGAGGCUGCUCAUUGA